AUGACGACCGAAGAUGAAACUCGUACAGAGCAACCGAGCGAGACAUCGCCUCUACUAGGGAAACGGGCACCGAAACCCAUCGACCCUAGCGACGGUAUUGCUCCCGAUAGUGCCAUCACCAAUGGAGCCAUCGCAGAAGAGGAGGAUGGUGGAGACCUAGAACGACAAACCAGUCUAGAAGGAAGACAAAAACAAUAUGAGGGCCAACCCGAGAUGAGAAAGAAGAUGAAAGUCAUAUUCCCAGCCCUGACAAUCGGAGUCCUUCUAUCUGCAGCCGACCAAACCAUCAUCGUCUCCAGCUACGGCAAAAUCGGCAGCGAGUUGAAAGCACUCAACAAUGUUUCUUGGAUUGCGACUGCCUAUUUCUUGACUUUGACGAGUUUCCAACCGCUGUAUGGAAAAAUGUCGGAUAUUUUUGGGAGGAAGAGUUGUUUGUUGUUUGCGUAUGCUGUUUUUGGGCUGGGAUGUCUGUUUUGUGGGUUGGCUCAGGAUAUGAAUCAGCUUAUUGCUGCGAGAGCUUUUGCUGGUAUUGGUGGUGGUGGUAUGACGACUGUUGUGUCUAUCCUCAUGUCUGAUGCCGUGCCGCUUCGCGAGCGCGGCAAGUGGCAGGGCUAUGUCAACAUCAUCUACGCAACAGGUGCUGGAACAGGCGCUCCUUUAGGCGGCAUUCUUGCAGAUUCAAUCGGCUGGCGUUGGGCCUUCCUUGGUCAAGUGCCGCUAUGCAUUCUCGCCUUUGUUGUGGUGAGUCUGGUUUUGAAACUUCCCAAGAGAGAGCAGACCGACUGGAAACAGAAGCUCCGCCGUAUCGACUUCUUAGGCGCUGCUAUCCUGAUUGGCGCUGUAUUCACUCUCCUCCUUGCCCUCGAUAGAGGUAGCAACGUCUCGUGGAAAGCCAAAAUCACCAUCAUCUCCAUCAGUCUCAGUAUUCCUCUUUUCAUCCUCUUCGUCCUGGUUGAGAUGAAGGUUGCCAAAGAGCCUUUCGCACCUGGCCACAUCAUUUUCAACCGCUCGCUAUUUGCAUGUUAUCUCUGCAACUUUUUCUCCUUUUCUGGAUGGCUUGCCGCUUUGUUCUACAUUCCGCUCUACUUCCAAGCUGUUGACGGUCUUACUGCAACUCAGGCUGGUAUUCGCUUGAUCCCGGGUAUUAUUGCAGGUGUUAGUGGAAGUCUUUUCGGCGGCUUCUAUAUGCAGCGUACAGGCAAGUUUUACUACCUGACUGUUAUCGCGUAUACUUGCUUGGUCGUUGGUAUGACCUUUGUUUUCCUGUUCUCGGGCAUGGUGGUCAACAGUACUCUCGGGAUAAUUGCCGGCAUGUGCAUCUGUGGAUUUUCGAAUGCCAACGCUUCGCGGGACGAUCAAGCAGUAGCCACAGCCUGUUCCUACCUCUUCCGCAGCUUAGGCUCCGUAUUCGGCGUUUCCAUGUCCGCCACUCUCGCCAACCAAGCCCUGCGCGAUCGUCUUGCAGCCGUACUCAGCAGCGGCGACGCAGCUACUGAAAUUGCCGAGCGCGUCAGAGAAAGUCUGGCAUACAUCAAUACUCUGGAGCCUAACGUGAAGGCUUUGGUCAGAGAGUGCUAUGCGCAGAGUACGCGUGCUGCGUUUAGUCUGGAGAUUGGGCUUGUUGCUGGUGCUGCGGCUAGUGCGUGGUUGAUCAAGGAGAAGGCGUUGAGUAAGUAG